GCAAGUGAACGUCAUCAUAAUGAUUGGGGACUUCAUCGAGGACAACGCAGAAAGCUGUGGCCAAUACUUCAGUUAUGACGGCGUGGUGAUGCUUCAAGAUCCGCCGGUAUCUGUGAUGGUCACGAUGUUGUCUACCGAGACCACCUCGAGCUACAACGUCUCUCGCCUCCAGGUAAAGAUGGAAGUGGAAGGCAAGUCUGUGCUGCGUGACGUCACUCACUACCACUACGCCGCGUGGCCGCAGCAAGGAGAUCCAUCCGAUACACUCGCGCUCGCCAGCAUGCUUCUGGACAUUGCCUCCAGUCACCCCAAAAUGCACGCCGUAGUCCACUGCAACUCGGGGGUUGGUCGUUCCGGCGCAGUGAUCUACACCAUGAUCUGCUACGACCACCUACUGGCUUCCGGAAAACUGGACGUUAUAGCAGUACUAGAAGGUGUGCUACAGGACCGAGCUAGUCUUGUCGACAGCCCCCAACGCUUCCAACUCUGUCUCCAGCUGCUGGACGAGCUCUUGUUUGGUUUCAAAACUUUAACAAGCGAAAACGAAUUCCAUGGAAAGUUUCUGCAGCUCCUGCAUGAAUGCCCCGAAUGGCUUGCAGGAGUUAAUACUCUGCCAUCAUCGCUGACGUUUUCAGAAGCGCGUUCGAAACAGUACACCGCGUGCAACCGUUCACCGGAAGUUUUGCCGGCGGACAGAUAUCGAAUCACCAUGCAGAAUGCUAUCGGACAACCUCAGUACAUCAACGCAAUACUACUCGAUGGACUCCAGAAAGAUCGAGCCUACAUCGUCACGGAACAUCCUCUUCCAGGCCGUUUGGAGCAUUUCUGGAACCUGGUGCUCACUCAAAAAACCCCGGCUGUUGUGGUGCUCAACGCGCGGUACGAUGAGAACUUCCCCGAGCUGCUCCCUCCAGUCGGCGCUACACUGAGAGCGGCGACGGUGGAGGUGAAGACGGUAGCCAAGAUGGCCGCGGCUUCUCACCUCAUUUGCCAUCGCGUUUCUGUCGCAGUCGGCGCGACAUCAGCUGCAGUGUUAGUGUACGAGGUGAUGGACUGGCCUCGCGGGAUGGCCUGUCCUCUUGACGUCAGUUCCUUGGUCCGCCUUGCCGACACUUGCUGCAGCUCACCCAACAAGUCUGCAGGGCCCACUGUGCUCGUCUGCGGGGAUGGCGUGACUGCCUGUGGCCUGGCAGCGGGCGUCCUGAGCGUCGUCGACAGGCUGAAGGAGCGGCAGGACGUCGACGUCUACAGGACCGCCGUCAAGCGCCAGCAGUUCAUCAUCAAUGAGGCGCAGCUGCAGUGCAUGCUUCAGGCAGCCAGGACUUACCUCAGCGACUUCCGCGUGUACCAAAACUGACAGCGAAAACCCACCAAGGUGGAGAGGGAUUGACGUCACUGGAGGGCAACUUGACUUUCAAGAACUGGGCUUUGCGACGGUCAUCGUCUUCGUUGCUGGACGGGACUAAAUUGUGCCGUCUUUCCUGGGCCCAUACUUUCAAAAAAAGUUAAGAGAUCGUAAGUCCAUCAGCCA